AUGGUAAAGGUUCUAAAGGACAUCCGUCAUCCAGAGAAUAAUGUGUUUCCUGAUUUUCAAUUUACUAAGGAUGUGGCAAUUGGAGUGGCCCCACACGUUGUGGAAUUGGCUGGUUGUAGUCGCCUGGCCGUUACCAGGAGUUGCCUUGUUUUAUCGAAAGUGUUAUUCAAACGGAAACCGAAAGAUGUUCAUGAACACAAGUGUCGUAUACAACUAGGAGAAGAACCCCCUCUGUGUCGCCAAUUGUUCGAAAGAUUGAAUUUGAAAAACAAUGUAUACGACAUAGAGGUUUGCUGUGAGCUAUUUCCGGAUAAUUACGACGAUCGAAAGGCCAUCGUUCCAAUGCUGACAGCAAUAUGGAAAAGCUUGUCAUGUUUUGAGCAAGACAAUCAUCAUAAAGAAGACUUUGAAAGAAAUGCUGAGACCUUUGAAAAGUAUUUGAAUAGUAUUGAACUCGAUAUCAAAGAGAAAUCUUCAAUGAUUUCUGCCGUAAUUUUUGGGAGCUUAUCUGAGGCGCGUUUGCCAACGUUCACUAACGAUGGAGAACAAUGCAACUUGUAA